UAACAGUAGUUAAGAAUCUCUUUUCGACAUAAAGAAGUCUGAGUUUGUGGCAACUGAGUCAUAAUCAACCAGCAGCAAAUUUCUGUUCAUUUCAUAAAAAAGAUUUGCCACAGGAUUGGUCAGAGAUUAAAAGAAGCACAGCAUCCAUUUUCAAAGGAACUGAGACUAGUGGGAAAUGAGAAUCUUGUUUCCCUAAGUAAUCAAUCUGCAUUGCCUUUCCUUUAGAUUUGUGUAUACCCUUCUUUCUAUCCUUAGAGAAUCUAGAGCUGUUGUACUAUAUAGUAGUUCUCUCACCCAGUACCUCUCACCCAAAGCUAGAGCAGAAACCAUGCGUAAGUUUCUAAUGAAGGCGAUAAGCAUUUUGAGUAUUUCUUCACUAGUCUUCAUUAUUUCUCUGCCGACCAUUGCAAUGCAACCUACCAACCAUGGGUUCCAAGGUUCCAAAACAAACUGCACCUACUCAAUUGAGAUUGAGACAACCUGUGCACAAUCUGCUGAAACCACAGACCAUGUCAGCGUCAGAUUCAGCGACCUGAAGGGUGAUCUGAUCAUAGUGAAACAUCUGAACAAUCCGAAGCUCUUGUAUGCUCCUAAAGGUGGUUCAAAACGUGGAAGGCAUGGCGGGUUUGGAAGAUGCGCCAUAGACGUGUUUCAUGCCAGUGGACCGUGCAUGAGCUCAAGGGUGUGCUCCCUGUACAUGAAGAAGUUUGGAACAGAUGACUGGCGACCUGGCUGGGUGAAGGUGCUUCAUCAACAAGAUGGCAGCCAGGAAAAACCAGUUUCUUACGUGUUCUAUUUUAGGACAUUUAUUCCUGAAAACGUUUGGUAUGGCUUUGAUUAUUGUCACUCCAAAGGUGGUUUUGUACCUCAUAUUGUCAGUUUUGAGGACUAGUCUGAAGGUACUCAAGGUAGUUGUUUAAGUUUAUAUGCUUUUGGUACGGCAUAAUGUAUCAUUUCAUCCUCUG